AUGGCCUCGAUGAUCCAAGCGGUGAUCGACUCGGUACUGCCCUCGAAGCCACAGCCGGUAGUCCCGAACGAAGGAUUGAUCCGGGCGAUGGACCUCUCAUUCCUCGGUCUCCUACUGACCCUGUUGGCCCUGUUGGUGAUCACCCAGGGAAAUCUACACGUCUUGGCUCUCAUGCUGGUUGCUAUUUGCUUGUGGACGAGUGUCCGAUGGUUUGUCGCUGAGCUUGCUCGGAUGAAUCACCUGAACAAACCAGUAGAACUUUCCGACUCUGAUUCACUCUCCAAGAAUGAUGAUCCUCAAGGUUCUUUAGGAACGACUACAAAUAUAAAUAAAUUGAAAUCAAAUUAA